UUUUCUGCGAAUGACAAGGUUAUUCUGUCCUUUUUCAAAAUUGAAUGAUAUUGCCACCUACUCAAAAUCUCUCGAUUUUACCAGAAGUAUUUGUGCAUACACGGAACUUGUGAGACGGAUACCAGCGUAAUCUAUUGCUUCUUUGAUACUAAUAUCAAUUCUCUUCAUGUCUUGAUUGACUUAAACAACAGGUAUUAUUAUCUCAGAAUGUUUCAUCUUAUUAAAUCUAAGAUGGCUGACCAAACGGUUGAAAUUGUCGUUGAAACAAGUCGAUGUCACCAUAUUGUCUCCAUCUUGUCACGUGAGGCAGUCUUGGCGGUAGACUGUGAAGGGAUUGCCCUUGGGGUCGAAGGUCCAAUGACUCUCCUACAAAUUUGUACCUACAGCGGUGACGUGUACCUGUUUGAUGUACAAGAAAACCGGGAUCUGUUUUCUGAAGGUCAUCUAAAAAUAGUGCUGGAAUCUGACGAAACUCUGAAGGUGAUGCAUGCAUGUUCAUACGACAGCGCUGCUUUAUAUCACCAGUUCGGAGUUACUCUUCAGAACGUUUUUGACACCCAGGUUGCUGAUACAGUCCUGGAAGAGAAAAAAGGACGAUUGCUUGUUAAUUCACUGAAUUUACAGACCCUUUGCGAAAAAUAUUCCACUCAUACAAAAGUGUCUGAAUAUAAAGAACAGCUUAAGGCACAGUAUAGUAAAGAGGAGGGUGACUUUUGGGCGAAACGUCCUCUCACAGAUAAAAUGAAGUCCGUUGCAGUAGGUGACGUCAGAGCUUUGAUUCCAGAGGUCUUUGAAAAACAAAAACGUUUCAUCGAAGAAAAUGGACUGCUUACAAUUUUUCGAGAACGGGUAUCAGAGACAAUCAAAUUUUAUAUUGAUGAUGAAAUCAGGACGUUAAGAUAUGAAAGAAAAAACAGUAUUGUUAAUCAAAUUAUUGAUUCCAUCAAUAAAAAAUGGGGUGCACAUACGAAUUUUCCAGAGGAAAUUCCAGAAUUUCCAGAGAAUACCGACGAAUACGAAGCCCUGAAAAGAAUUGACUAUAAAGAGGCUGCUGAAAAGUCACAAUUUAUAGAUUGGCUUAAAACGGAGAGCAUCAUGUCUGACUUAAAUGAACUGGAUAAAGUGUUUGCUAGCAGUGAAAGAGAUAACGAAGAUAAAUGGCUCCCAUUUUCGCUCCUUACUAAACUUUCCAAACAUCCAAAUGACACAGUAUCAACACUAGCAAAUGGUGUUAGAGAGAAGUUAAAAGAAAGUAUUCGAAAGGAAAUAGAGGAAAAAUACACCAUCAAAACUGAGUUGGCCCACUUAUCAAAGAACGAGCAGGAUGUAUUAAAGUCUUUGGAUAUAAACGGUACCAAUGAUCAGCGGUUUCCAAAAAACGUUAUUAGGUUGUAUUGGCUUUUAAUGGAAAAUGAUAUUGAUAAAAACUGCAAAAAAUUAAUCGAAAAAGGAAAUGAGUUCACAAUGAAAGGAUGGUAUUACAAAAGAAUAAUUAAAUACCUAGGAAUAGGAGAAGAUGUACCAGUACCCUUAAAACAAAGCGCCUGGACAUUUAAGAAACAACUCGAUGAAACAUUCGGACGAGAUGUUGUUCCUCCUAGUCCAUUAUUUUGAGAUAAUUUACAUAUAUUGAUUGAAUUCGACCUUCAUGGUGCGACGUUUCCAAUAAACAUAUAAAGGCAUACAUGGAUUAUCAUUUCAAACACCAUCGUGCAACAAGGCAAAUGUAAUUGGAAAUUGAGAAAAUGAAUGUUUCAAAUGUUUUAAAACAAACUAAAAUAUAUACAUAAAAGCCGCUGAGAUAGAUUCAAUUGUUCGAAAAUAUACCUUUGACGCACUUUAGAAACCAAAAUAUGGGAAACCGUUGGAAGUACAUACAAAAAAGUACGGUAAAGUUAACAUUUCGGUAUAGUAUCAAACAAUGGAUUUUCAUUUUUGCUAAGCAUAUAUAUUGGCAUAUUGUGCAUUUCCUAUUCUGACUUACAAAACAUUUGUUGUGUGAAUGUUGUAUGACAUGUGGUGAUAACGAACAGUGAUCAAUAUCAAAAGUCCAAUUAAUUAAAAAAAAAAUGGAGCCCUAUAGGGUUUUUUAUGAAAGAAAAGAACCUUGAUGGUACGACUAGGCCUUAUAAGGCAAGUAUCAUAAAACUUAUCACGAUCUCGUGAAGAACCAACCACCAGAUUACAAAACAAAAGCAAGAGGCCAAUGGGCCACAUCGGUCAGCUGAACAACAAAAGCCAUAAUCAUAAUGGAAUCAGAAUUAUGAAAUCAUAUACACAAUAUCCGGACAAUGAAGUAGAAUAAAGAUAUAAGAAUGA